AUGCAGGAAUCGAAAUGCGCACGCAGAAAUCUGGAAGAGGAACAAAGUAAUAUUCUGAUCGUACACGACACGAGGGUAACACGUAAACAAAUCUUAGUCCCACCAACCAAUCAACCUUUGUUUGUUUGUUCGUUCGUUCCACACUUGCCCUUCCUUCGUUUCUUCCAUCACCGACUACUUCUCCUUUGUCUGUUGUUUCUCCUUCAAUCGCUUCAUUCUCAUUCAAACAAACCCUUUAUUUGUUUUUUAUGGGGUCAUAGCUCAUCUCUUCAAAAUGUAUUCUCUCAAAGAUAAAGUCACACAGAAGCUUUCGCAUCUCUUUGCCAACUCCUCCAACACCCAGGAUAGUCCCUAUUCUCAAGAGGGUAAACCUCUGUCUUCAUAUUUAUCUUACAUUAUCCCUUCAAUCAGCUCUGAUGGAUCGAAGACAAGCAAGCAUCAAGAUAAUCAUAAACCAAAUAAAUCAGCUUAUAAUUAUGAGAAUUUUGAGUAUCAGGAUGUUCCAUUCGAUAAUUAUGUCGAUUGUAGUCCCUCAUGUAAUAGCAGGGAUUUAUUGAAAGAUGAAAUUAUUAAUGAAGAUCAGGGGUCUAGGAAAAGCAGUAGCAGCUCUGAGGUUUUCGAAGAAGUAAAUGAGCAGGAAACUCCAAAUACUUCAAAGAAGUCUCAACUCAAUCUUAGUGAUGACUCUGCUUUUAUAUCUCCCGAGUUGUAUGAAUUUUUUGAAUCAUGCCUCCCCAAUAUAGUAAAAGGACGUCAAUGGGUCUUACUUUACAGUUCGUUGAAACAUGGAAUAUCACUUCGUACACUCAUUCGCAAGAGUGCUGAACUUUCUGGUCCUGGUUUGCUGAUUGUUGGAGAUAGGCAAGGUGCUGUGUUUGGUGGGUUGCUAGAUUGCCCCUUGAAACCUACAGCAAAGCGAAAAUAUCAAGGAACCAACCAGAGUUUUGUCUUUACAACUAUAUAUGGUCAGCCAAGGCUUUUUCGACCUACAGGUGCCAACCGAUACUACUACAUGUGUUUGAAUGACUUGCUUGGAGUUGGUGGUGGGGGUAACUUUGCUUUAUGCUUAGAUGAAGAUUUGUUAACUGGAACUAGCGGGCCUUGUGACACGUUUGGAAACAAAUGUCUAGCUCAUAGUCCAGAGUUUGAGUUGAAGAACGUUGAGUUGUGGGGUUUUACACAUGCUUCCCCUAUCCAUAGCUAAGAUGCUUUAGUUUGAUGUCCAGAAGAAGCUCUCUCUCUCUCUCUCUCUCUCUCUCUCUCCUGUUUUUUCUUCUACUCUUCGUAUAUUGUUUAGUUUACCUACUUUCUUAGGGUGACUACUUGCCCUUGAGUGGUUGAUCAAUUUGAUAUGUCAGACAUGUCCCAUGUUCUUGUUUGUAGAUCUCUAAAUUGUAUACUUGAAAUUCCAUUUUGCAAAAGUCUGGGUUUGUGGAA